AUGACAGCCAUCACAUCUCAUCCCACAACUCUCGUCCUGGCACAGUCAACCACCGCCUCUGCCACAACCACAACCGCAUCCUCCUCCUCCUCCUCCUCCUCCUCCUCCUCCUCCUCCUCCUCGUCGUCGUGUCCAACAGUCCUGGUCCCCUCGUACGAAGCUCCGGUAGUGGGCUCAGGAUGGACGGCUCAGCUGAUCGCGCAGAACCUAUCUACGCCCAGGGGGAUUAUCUUCGACCAGAACGGGGCUCUCCUUGUCGUCCAGAAGGGUACGGGCAUCCUGCACAUGACAUUUAGCGACCAUGGGGGGACUUGUCUCAUUGUCGACCAGACCAAGACCUUGGUGGACAAUACUGAUCUAAAUCAUGGCAUCCAAUUGUCGGCUGAUGGGGCAACCUUGUAUGCAUCUACCUCGAACGAAGUGUACCAAUGGCCCUACAGUGCUGCCGAUGGGACGGUGGGAGACAAUGUCACGCUCAUUACCAAUAUGAGCAAUACUGAUCACGUCUCGCGCACUCUCCUGCUCUCACAAAAGGCCAACGGCACUCUGAUCGUCUCCCGUGGCAGCUCAGAGAAUAUAGACCCGGUUGCCCAGCAGCUCGACUCUGGCCACUCCCAGAUCAAAGCCUUCAAUCUCAGCAACCUCACCACCGGCGGCCAACCGUACGACUUUCCCUCCGAGGGAAGGCUACUCGGCUGGGGCCUCAGGAACAGUGUCGGCGUCGCAGAGCACCCGCUGACGGGCGGCAUCUACUCUGUCGAAAAUUCGGCGGACCAGGUCAAGCGGAACGGAACCGAUAUUCACCAGGACAACCCGGGCGAGGAGAUGAACUACCAUGGAUUCCUCCUCAACAACAAUAGCUCGAUAGACGAAAACGAAACUCAAGGCGACAACUACGGCUACCCAGCCUGCUUCGCGCUCUGGGGCACCGACAUCCCCGACAAAGGAUCGUUGACCGUCGGCAGCCAGUUCGCGCUAGACCCUUUCUCGAGCACCCUGAACGACACGACCUGCGCCCAAGACUUUGUCCCGCCGCAGCUGACGUUCCAGGCCCACACGGCCCCGCUGGACAUUCUAUUCGACGCCGACGGCACUGUCGCCUACAUCACAUUUCACGGCAGCUGGGACAGGACCGGCCCGGUAGGGUACAGGUUGUCGGCAGUGCAGUUCACGACAGAUGGGACACCAGAAGCGCCGUCCGACAGCACCAAUGCCACGACGGACAUCCUCAGCAAUGCCGACCUGUCCAAGUGUCCCGAUGGGUGCUUCCGGCCGGUAGGGCUGGCUUGGGACAGUCAGGGAAGGUUGUUCCUGAGCUCCGACUCGACGGGCGAGAUCUAUGUUCUGCAGCAGGCCGAGGUGUCGACAGCCAGUGGAACAGGCACCCCGAUCAGCUCCUCCUCCUCUACAGGGACGCUGGUGACCCCGACCACUUCGCCCAACCUGGCACCACGGUCGGCUAGGACUGGGCCUGGUAAGGACACACUCUGGCUGGCAUGUGUUGCCACGGCUCUACCGCUCGUCUGUGGUGCACUUUUCAUCAUGGCCUAAGCGGAUCAGGUAGAUAGAAAUAUACACCACCAUUUGGGGGGAGAAC